UCCCCCGUGGACUCGUGACGCGGUCCUGCUGCUCCCACCGCGGAUCGGUGCCCGCGCGGAAUGACAGCCGCCCGCCCAUGAGGACGCCGUGUGACCCCGCAUCCACCACCCACCAUGGCGGCGCGCUGGGGGCGGGCGCUGCUGCUGCUCCUGGCGGCCCAGGCCGUGUCCGCCGCGCUGGGCGCUGAAGACGACGAGGUCCCGGAGGAGUGGCUCCUGCUGCACGUGGUGCAGGGCCAGAUCGGCGCCGGCAACUACAGCUACCUGCGCCUGAACCACGAGGGCAAGAUCGUGCUCCGGAUGCGCAGCCUGCGCGGCGACGCCGACCUGUACGUGUCCGACAGCACCCUGCACCCCAGCUUCGACGACUAUGAGCUGCAGUCGGCCACUUGUGGCCCGGACUCCGUGUCCGUCCCCGCGCAUUUCCAGCGCCCCGUGGGCAUCGGCAUCUAUGGGCACCCGUCGCACCUGGAGAGCGAGUUCGAGAUGAAGGUGUACUACGACCAGACGGUGGAGCCGCACCCGUUCGUCGAGAGCGCCUACUCCCCGGAGGGCGCAGACCCUGGCCAGCGGCGCGCCCAGGCCCCCGAGGACGCGUCCCAGGAGGAGGAGUCCGUUCUCUGGACAAUACUAAUUAGCAUUCUGAAGCUGGUACUCGAAAUCCUUUUCUGAUUCGUCGGGCACCUUC